CGUUUGGUCUUUUCUUCUGACAUUAUAUAGGGUUAAUCCCGCCAGCUGCAUGCGGGACGCGGCUUCCUGAGCGGAUGAACUGCGACAGAUGAUGAGGUUAGUGCCCCGAGGAUUGCGCACAAGACAUGCACUGAUCUGCUAACAGUCGUUUAACGACGCUGAGUCCCGGCCGCGGCGGGCGGCACACUCACAGAGCGGCUCCGUCUGGAGGACUUGUUGAGAUCAUCUGCACGCGGGGAUAUUUAUUUACCCACGCUGAUUUUUCCUCCCCCGCCACGCAGCACGCGCAAAAAAAAAUCCCACUUUUUUUUGUGAACGUAACCGAAAAGGGAUCGUUACGCGCAACUUUUACGCAUAGUCUUGGAGCCGGCGGAGAGGAGGUUUCCAUGCGCGGUCCGCGUUACCGUCCACACGGACCACUCUGCGACCGACGCUCAAAAGGUGGGAUUAUGUUAAACGUGCAAACUAUGGAAAUGGGUGAAACGAUCCGCUCGAUGAUCUGCUGAAAGCAAACCAAGCCUCACGGACACUGGGAACUUGCCGGAGGAGCGAGCCACGCGCGGGUGCCAAAAUGAGCCUUUGCUGCCGGAGCUGGAGGAUCUUACGCGUAGUCUUCGCGACAAUUACCGCGGUUCUGGCGCAAGACCUGAGCAGCAGAGAGCUGAGCGACGCCGGGAGCCCGGCGCCUUUCCCGCCCUUCCUGCCGGUCACCUACGAGGUGCGGGACGCCGACUACCUGCUGCUGAAGGAGGCCGGCCAGGACCUGAUGAGGAACUCCAGCAUGCAGAGCCACACGCAGCCCUUGGUCAUCCUGAGGCCCAGCCGGCAGCCGGCCGUCAGCGCCAGCUACGGCACCGCGUCCACGGAGCAGCCCGUGCCCCUGGACCUGGUCCAGUCCGUGCGGCUCUUCGGGUCCCCGGAGGUCCUGGCCUUCGCCUGGAAGAUCCAGGCCUUUGUGCUGACGCCGCGGGCGUUCUCCUCCAAGCCCACGGUGCGCGUGCUCUUCUACGUGGCCGGCAGGGACUGGGGCCGGGGCGAGGGCGCCGCCGACGAGCUGCCGUGCGUGACGGCGCACGCGUUCUGGCAGACGCAGGAGGUGCGCGGCUCCUGCGCCGUGGGCGGCGCGCGGGGGACCUGCGUGGCCGAGCUGCUGCCGGCGCCGGCCUGGUUCGCCCCGGGCUCCGAGGGCACGGGCAGGGAGCGGCAGGACCCGUCGGCGGGGAACCCCGUGGAGCUGUACUACCAGGCGCGGGCCCGCGGCGGCGGCGGCGGGUGCGGCCCGGCGGACGGGAGCCGCGGCGGCGGCGCGCAGCAGGAGAGCGCCGCCGUCGGCCCCAUGCAGAGGAUCGGCAGCGUGCGCCUCCUGCAGGUGCCCAAAGGCAUGGCCACGCUGUCCCGCCUCAAGCUGGGCAACGCAAUAAUCAUACGGACGUCGUCCAAACCGCUCAAGACCACCGACAUCGCCACCUUCUACAUACUGAUGGCCAGCUCCGCUCAGCUCACCAACUUCACCCUCAGAGCGACAGUAAAAAAAGGCGUGACCUUUCGCACGGCGACACCCAGUAACUCUUUACUGUGGGACAUCACUCUGGAUAUGGGCACAGACGGAGCCAUCACUGUUAUCUGUCAGAGAAAGGCUCCGAUACCUGGAAAGAGGCUCGACAGCAGCCUGCUGGAGGUGCUCCAGAUGGACUUCGAGGUGGAGGAGCUGAGCAGCCCCGUCGACAGCCAGGUGAUCGUGUGGAAGCUGGAGCUGCCGUCCGCGUCCAAGGGCGACGCCAAGACCGAGGGCGCCAUGAGGAUCUACACCACCCAGAGGGACUUCGUGGGCCUGGCUCCCCUGGUGAUGGACACGGACAUGCUCAACACGGCCGUGCUCACCGGGAAGAAGGUGGUGAUGCCUGUGAGGACGGUGGCCGUGGAGGAAGACGGAGUUGUGACCGAUGUGUCCGACUACACCGACUGCAGCUCCGCCGAUGAAGACGUUCUCAAGGUGUCGGACCGGUGCGACUACGUCUUCGUGAGCGGCAGGGAGACGAAGGGCAAAGUGAAGAUGACGGUGAACUUCACUUACAGUUACCUGAGCGCUCAGCUCGAACUGAACGUAUGGAUCCCUCAGCUGCCCCUGGAGAUUGAAGUGUCGGACGCGGAGCUGAGCCAGAUCAAGAGCUGGAGGGUUCCCAUCCUAACCUCAAAAAGAUCUGGCUGGAACAGCGAAGAAGACGACCGGAAGGGCAAAGGCUGCAUGCUCCAGUUUCAGCACGCCCUCGUGCGGGUGCUGACUCAUUUCGUGGCCGAGCCGGCGGACCCUCGGGAUCCGAAGGCUUUCUUCCUGGGGUCCGAUUGGCAAGUGGACAUCACGAGGCUGGUUCGAUACUUCAUGAAGGUGGAGGACCCUCGAGUGGCGAGGCUGCAGGCCGGCCGAGUGCUGUCGGGACGUGACCUCGGGACCACCAGCAUCCAGGUGUUUUCUCCACUGUCUGAUGCAAUCUUGGCAAAGACAACUAUCAAAGUAGUGGAUGACAAAGUGACCAUCACUGAGUUGGGGGUUCAAGUGGUUGCGGGUCUUUCCAUGACCUUACAGCUCAGUCCUGGAAGCAACAAAGCUAUCUUGGCUACCACAACCACACAAGAGGUUCUGCAGAGUCCUAAACAGGAAGCUUUGGUCAGUUCCUGGGUGCAGUUCAGUGACGGCAACCAGACGCCUCUUGACAUUUACGAUCCGGCCUCCUACCGCGUGACGGUGACAUCUCUGGAUCAGGGGGUGGUGUCAGUGCAGGGCAUGCCUCCGUCGGUGGUGGCGGAGGGAGAGGGCGAGGGCGUCUUGGUCAGAGUAGAGAUGUCCAUCUGCGAGGCCUGCCAGAAGUCCAAGCGGAAAAGCACCGUGGCCGUGGGCAACGGGAAUCUCAAGGUCAAAUUUCAGUCAAACAGCCGACGGUCGUACACCAACACCAGCGGCCUGGACGGCGGCGCCGCCAGCGGCAACAACAGCGACUAUGGGGCCGAUGGCGAGCGGCUGAACAGUCAAAGGAAGCAGCGAAAACCAUCACGAGACCCGUCGGUGCGCGGCGCGACCUCCGACCGAGCGGAGAGCGUGAUGCAGAAGAUCACAACCACCAUCAAAUCCACAGAACGGACCUUCCUGACCAGCGGCAGCCUCGGGGGCGUGGGCAAGACCGGCUACUCAGGGAACCCCAGCAACCCCACCAGCGGGGGCAAAGUCAGCAUGAUGAGCAGCACCGGUGGCAGCAGCAAAGGGUUCGGCUCAGACAACAUGAUAGUGGAGGACAUGGGAAGUGCUGGCUUUACGAGCACCGUGAAAGCCCCCGGGAACCUAGUCAACUAUAACAACUUCCCCACCAAGGUGGAGGUGCCUGGGCAGGGGACAGCAGAGGUAGACGAGGUGAUGGGGGGCCGGCCACUCACAGACUUGGAGAUCGGAAUGUACGCUCUCCUGGGUGUCUUCUGCCUGGCCAUCCUCGUGUUCCUGGUCAACUGCAUCUCCUACGUUGUUAAGUUCAGGCACAAGAAGCCGCCCGCGCACGGCCAGGAGCCUACGGGCCACAGGCACGACUGGGUCUGGCUCGGCACCGACGCCGAGCUGGUGAUGAGCGUGCCAGGAAGUCCCGUCCAGCAAGACUCCCAGACCACCACAACCGUCAUAGACAUUGGGCCCGAUAAGGCGGCCACUCUAUCGCGGAGGCCCAGCUGCUUAGCCUCCGUCACAGACUCUCCCCUCAGCUGCAUGGGCUCCCUCCGGAGCAAACCCGCGCACAGCGAGUCCAUCCACUCGCCCACCAGCAAGAGAAAGAGAGUCCAGUUCACCACCUUCUCCACUCUGGACCGGCAGCACUCGCCUCACCUUCCGCCCAGGGAGAACGGCCACGGCAUCCACUGGGUUGGGAAGAAGGACGGCUGUGGGGAGGUGCCCCACAUGUGCACUACAGGGCCUGGGAGCCAGUGAUGAUACAGAACCUGCUAUCGGACCUCACAUGUACAGUAGACGUGGCUUUGAUCACCUCAAUGCCUUUGUAAACUCCCAACAGCUGUCAACAAGUUGCUCUCCUCUACAUUUCAUUACCUAUCAAGGCCUUUUACUUGUACAUGCUCCGUAUUUUAUUGUUAAUAUUGGACACUGAAUGUGUGUGGAGACAGGUUUCUGGACUGGACGUCUGAACACACCAAACGUUAACGCUGCAUGUGGACAUGUACUUCUCUAAAGUGUGGCACUCCCACGCUGGACACACUUCAAGAAUUUCAAAUUACAAAUUUAUUUCAAGUUCUCUGACAGAUAUAGAUUUGACCAAAAACGUAAGUUUAACUACAUGUUAAUUGAAGUUGUCUUUUUCUAUUAUGCAAUACCCAAUACUAUUUUCUUUGUACAUUUAAGUUAAUGUAAUUUUCAUUUUAUUGUUUGUUUCCAUUAAAAUACUGAUCUUGA